CGCAGCCCUCCCUUUUUUUUCCUCAGCCGUGUAAUGGCUGCUCCCAAGACACAGGGGGCUGCUACCCAAGGAGAGGAGGACGGUGAUGGCAACCGUGGCGGAACUGGGGGUGUCAGUUAUGAGGACAGUAAGGAUUGUAUCCUGGAGCCGCUUUCCCUGCCAGAAAAUCCAGGUGGCACCACCAGUUUAGAAGGUUCUCCAUCUGUGCCUUGUAUUUUCUGUGAAGAACAUUUUCUUAUAGAUGAACAAGACAAACUUCUGAAGCACAUGAUCAUUGAACAUAAGACUGUCAUAGCUGAUGUUAAGUUGGUUGCUGAUUUCCAAAGGUACAUUUCAUAUUGGAGGAAAAGGUUCACUGAACAGCCCAUUACAGAUUUUUGUAGUGUGAUAAGAAUCAAUUCCACAGCUCCAUUUGAAGAACAAGACAAUUAUUUUUUGCUGUGUGAUGUUUUACCAGAAGAUAGAAUACUUAGAGAAGAACUUCAGAAGCAGAGACUGAAAGAAAUUCUGGAACAACAGCAACAAGAGCGAAAUGAUAACAGUUUUCAAGGCAGUUGUAUGUUUUGCAAUGAGGAAUUCCUCGGAAACAGAUCUGUUCUUUUGAACCAUAUGGCCAGAGAACACACUUUCAACAUUGGGUUGCCAGACAACAUUGUAAACUGCAAUGAAUUUCUGUGUACAUUACAGAAAAAGCUUGACAACUUGCAGUGCUUGUACUGUGAAAAGACCUUCAGGGACAAAAAUACACUUAAAGAUCACAUGAGGAAAAAACAGCAUCGUAGGAUCAAUCCUAAGAACAGAGAAUAUGACCGAUUUUAUGUCAUCAAUUAUUUGGAACUUGGAAAAUCCUGGGAAGAAGUUCAACUAGAAGAUGAUCGGGAGUUGCUAGAUCAUCAGGAAGAUGACUGGUCUGAUUGGGAAGAACACCCUCUCUCUGCUGUCUGCCUAUUUUGUGAAAAGCAAGCAGAAACAAUUGAGAAAUUAUGUGUCCACAUGGAGGAUGCACAUGAAUUUGAUCUCCUCAAAAUAAAGUCAGAACUUGGACUGAACUUCUAUGAGCAAGUGAAACUAGUCAAUUUCAUUCGGAGGCAAAUUCACCAAUGUAGAUGUUAUGGCUGCCAUGAGAAGUUCAAGUCCAAAGCAGACUUAAGGACUCACAUGGAGGAAGCUAAACAUACUUCACUGCUUCCUGAAAGACAGACAUGGGAUCAACCACAAUGCUGUGUUUUUUACAAACUGAAGGUUCAUGGCAAUCCAGCGUCAAGCAAGUUUAUCCGCGCCGUUUCUCCACCAGCAUUUGCUCACUUCGUGUCCCUCACGUUUUGGAUGUAGAUAUUCUGCAUAUGAGACAAUGAGGUCCAAGCCACGCAUGGUGGGGCAACAGUGUCAACGGAAUCUGGAUCCGUGACACUAUGGAAGGGUACACCAGCACUGGAAUGCUGACCUAGACAUUUAUGUGAGCAACCUUCCCCCAGUUAUAUUGGGUUUUCUGUCAUUCAUAUCCAAAACUAAUCCUAACACACCUAGAGAUUCAAGCUGCAGAAAUGUCAACAACAGCUUUAGUUCAGGAAUCUGCUGAGGAUGUUUUCCAGCUGAAACAAAUAAGGAAAUGAAGGAGAAACUCACCUUGCAUGGCAGGCUUCACAUGCCCUAGCAAUUUCACAACAAAAGGCAACAGCAGGAGCCACUGUGUCAUUAUUUAGAGCCCAGGUUCCAUGGAUCAGGGAAUGUUGGAGACAGGGGGCUCAAAGGGGAAAUGGAAGUUAAGAGGCAUUUAAUAUUCAAGCUGAGAGAGGGACUUCCCUGAUGGCACAGUGGCUAAGACUCUGUGCUCCCUGUGCAGGGGUCCGGGUUCAAUCCCUGGUCAGGAAACUAUGAUCCCACAACUAAGAGUUCACAUGCUGCAACUAAGGAGCCCUGGAGCCAUAACUAAGACCCAGCAUAAAUAAAUAAAUUAAUUUUUUUUAAAAAGGUUUAAGAUGGGAGAGAAAGAUCUCAAAACAGACUAAUGACUGGGCUUGCCAUCACUGCUAUUUCUAAACUUUGCAAGAGUGUAAAAAUCUUUUGGGGAAGAAAAUUCUCAUCUGCCCUCUUAGGUUCUCUGGCUGGGUCUGCAAAAUAAUCUGACAACAGACAUAUUAAUAUGAGAAAAGACAUACAAAUUUCUUAGAUGUUAAAAGGUUUACAUGAUGUGGGGUCUUCCUAGAAAGAGAGAAAACUUACAAAGAAACAGCUAAACUUGGAGGCCUUUAUAGCAUUUGAACAUAAGAGGUUACAUUUAAAAAGAAGUGUCAAGACAAAUGGAAAGGGCUUCGAGCUUCUAGGGGCAGCAAAUUGUAGGAAGGCAAAUAUAUGGGAAAUUAAUGGUAGAUAAGGCCUAGUUGGUAAGGUUUGUUUGUGUAGACUCUCGCGGGGCCAUCCUGUCUCCUGUAUCACUGGAAGUUGUUACUCCCUUCCCACGGACAGUGGUGGGGUGGGGUGGCAGUGGGGAGACACCUUCACAAGGGGAAUUUGUGAUCUUACUUUCCAGAAGAUAGGGGACCGCAGAGAGCUCAUCCUGUGCCUGCUUUUUCUCAGUUGCCUUCAGCUCAAAAUAAUCCUUAUGCCAGAGUGGCCUAUAUUGGGAUGGUGUAUUCUGACCUCCUACAGUCGCAUAUGUCACCCUGAGAGAAAUAUGUGUUGAUUCUUCCCAUAGGAAUGAUAAAACAUGUUGUCGAUGUUAACUUCUUGAGGGAGCUUCCUCCUGGUUGAGUUUGUUGACGGAUCAAGGAUUUCAGAUAACUUACACAGCAUCCUGGUGAAGCCCAAAUCAAGAUUUCACUGUCUGUUUUAUGGAAAGUGCAAGGUUCUGGGAGCACCACUUUGUCUUGAUAAUUACUUGAAAAUCUUGGUAUUGGUUUUUUUUUCUGUUGUUUAAUUUUGUUGGUGUCGAGUACUUUAAUGAUACUCUUUAAAAAGUGAGGUGUAACAGAAAUUUGGUGUUUAACUUCUGAGACUCUGAAAAAAACCACACUAGUGGUUCUAGUGAGACCCUGUCCAGGCUGCUGAAAGAACCACAGUGCUCUUCAGGUAUGAAGAACCCUUCUGGUUCAGAACGAGCAGAAUCAGAAAUUGGGAAGGAUGAGUUUUAGACUUUAAUGCCUUUUAACUUUAACUCAAGCAGACAAGAGCAUCUAAUCUUAGAACUUUAAUUUUUCCCUGGGAAAUUCACAAUGGUAGAGGGGUUAUUUUUAAAUUGGGGACAUCAGUAUUUUACUGGAAUGUUUUUUAUUGAAGCAUCUUUACAGUAUCAUAUAAUCUCUUUGCAGAACCUCUGAUAGACUGUUCUAAACAACAUGGUUAGAUGUAAUUUAGAAUGAAAAGUGAACGGGGAGCUUUCAGCUGGAGUUCAGCGUGGCCUGUAAUUACUUCAGUCGAUAAAUUGCCUUCCGAGGGCAAUAGCUACCCUCUUCACCACCAGGCUCAGGAGAACACACAAAGGAAGAGUAGUUGGCAUUUGGGCGGGAGGGGUCGGGGGUGUGCUCAUGAUAAGGGCUGCACUGUCAUCCUAGAUUGUUGAUCUCCUCCUGCAGGGGAGACAGGCACACUCUCAGUUGGCCUGUAGUUUAAUGGUUAAGCCUAAGGAGCUAAGAGAACACAAACCUGGAGAAUAUGGGAAAAGGGGAACUCCUUUCCCCUAGCCUCUUGUUUCCAUGAGAAAGGAAUCCAUUACAAUAACAUUCUGGGUUUCUUUCUGGCCCCUCUCAUUCCUGAAAGGGAGGAAUGGCAGAACAGGAGCUUGGCAUGUGUGACUCAGCCCCUUCCUCCUUUUUCUCUUUGGGAUCUGUCUCUGCAUACAGAACGCAUCCUGUUCUGCUCCUACUUUCUGCAAACUUUAGACUGGCAGGCUCUGCCAGGGCAGUUGGAGGCCUUCAGUUGUCCAACACUCUCUACGACUGUGUGGGUAAGUCUGCCUGACUUUGGGGUUCAGUGUUAGAAAGCUCACUUGCCCACAGCUACAAGCCACGUUCUCCAGUAUCUUUAUUAGCAAUAAUAGUGAUAUUUAAUCUCCGUCUGCUUGACUCAUGUUUCAGCUGGCCCGUCUAUAAGGUAUAUGGUCUCUCAGGGUAUGGUGGGUGUGGCCAGAAUUACUCGGAGACCACCUCUCAGAGAGUUACCCCUAAAUACACUAAGUCCCAGCAAUCAGGACGCAAAAUAGACUUAGUUCCAUCCAGGGCUAAGGCUGGGCGAUAAAGCCAGAGAAUUCUAGCAUGUCAUCGGUGAGCUAGCUGCACAUAUAGUUUUUGAAAGACCAUUAGAACUAGGGUCUUAGGUUGAGUUCCACCAGAAACAGACUUUAAGAUAAGAAUUUGAGGGCAGGUCAUUCGUUUGAGAGGUAAACCCAGGAAAUACCAGUUCAGGAAGUGAGGCAGUAAAACAUAAAAUGGAACACAAAACUGUGCAUUAAUGAAGUUACUACUAUGGGAAUGCGGCUUAGCUUACUGAGGACCUCUGGGAGACUGCAUAGGACACUUCUUAGAGUUGUGCCACACCUACCAGCACCACCAAGGGGCGAAAGGCUGGGAUAUUUAUCCACCAACUCCACUGGCCAUGGGUUGAGGACUGCUCGCAGGGGCAUAAAUUCCCUGGCACUUCAGCCUGCCUUGCACAUUGGUCUAGUGUCCUCAGGAGGCUGGAGAAGUCCCUCAUACAAAGACUGAGGAAGCGGUAAUGCGAAAGGGCCCCGACGAUAACUGCUACAACUGCAGGUGCUGCAUUAUCACAAAAGUAAAAGUUUUAUGGAGACCUUAGCAGUCCUCACAACUUUUCCAUGUAUCAUCUCACUUGACCUUCAAAACAAUGUUGUGACGUAUCUAGUCAGGAACUUGGAUCCUAAUCAGGGGUAAAGAGAGGAUGAGAACACUGAAGAUCACAGAGAUGGGGCAAAGCACAACAAAGUAAUAUAUGACAAAAUAAUAUAUGGAAACUUAAAAUGAGACCAAGCCAAGUCCCGGACUUCUUCAGUGAAUGGAGAAAUAGCGGUUCUUUUUGAGAAGAUGGAGUCGAACUUGAAUGAGAACAAGAGUGAAUUCUUUAAUGUAAGUGCUUUGCUGAAUUCAUAUGCAGAAUUGACAUACCAGUCCACUUCCAUCAAGGGCAUCAAGUUGCAGCUAUUGUUUGCUUAGGCUGCAAAAAUAGUGACCCUAUAUCCUUGAAGUUUAAUUCAGCUAUUUCUGUAAGCUUUAGAUGAUGGAUAGCUAAAGGGUUAAACCAGAAGCUGCCGUUGAACUCUCAUGCCUUAUAAUUGAUAUUCUGAAAAGCUAAAGCACAUUCAAUUCCUGAGGAUAGCAAUUUGCAAGAUUGAAUGGCAUUGGAGCAUGCUAAUUCAAACUGGAAACAUUCAGCUAAGUUAAUAUUAAUCUCAGAGUAUUCUAAGAUUCAAGUGAAGAUGUGUCCUUUGGUCCUUGUAAAAUUAGACUACAAAAAAACAGAUUUUUGAGGAUAUUCUCAGUCACUUGGAUACACAGUGAGCAGUAAAUGAAACUCAUAAAACCAUAGAUUCUGAUUUUGGUGUUUUCAUCAUCUGGCAAACAUUACAAGAACAAAAGAAUAUGCUGUGGUAAAUUGUAAAAAGUAAAAAAAAAAAAAUUUAAGGAGGAAGAGAAAGUGAAAGGCAAACCAAAGAAAUAAAAAUUAUUAAUCUCUUACUCUCACAAAAGGUAGCCCACUUUAACACUUCCAUCACUGACUACAAAGAUGAAGUCCAAAACCUGGUAUUUGAGAUCCCACAGAGUUGGGCCGAAACUACCUCCUCCAACACCCCAUCCAUCACGAAGUCCAGUCAAUUCUAUCUCCAAAAUGCAUCUCAGUUUCUACCACCAUCAUCUCAGGACUGAACUACUGCAACAGUCUCCUAACUGGUUGCCCUCCUUCCUUGCUGGCUCCUGCAACCUGUCCUCCUCAGAGCAGCUUUAAAAAUCCUUCUCUGGUAUAAUAAACUUUCUUGAUUACCUACCCAGCAUCUUCCCCUUUCUUCCUUUGCUAAUAGUUUCCAAAUUAUUUGGGGGAACCUAUUCUACCCUUACUAAGUAGCAGCCAUGCCACUGGGAUUGACUCCAGCCCUAGCUUCAUGGGAGUCCUGAUUGGAAUAAGAACUUCACUGCAGAGUUACGCAGAGAGGUUAUGCAGAGAGGUUAUGCAGAGAGGUGCAUAGCAAGGGCCCGCCCACAGUGACUGGUCCGGGCCGAACCAAUCAGAGUGAAGGUGAGGAAUUCUGUUACAUUCCUCACCUGCUUCAAGAAGCUAGACCCUCCCUUUCCUGUUGAAAAAAAGACACCCGUACCCUGGUUGCUGCCAAAAAUCAUCUUGCCACCCUUGAGAGAAACUAGCUCAAGGCCUCUCACAGAAGAGCAAAGAAGAGAGUUCCUGAGAAAUGAAGCCAGAGCCCUCACCUCAAGGUCCUCUGAACUUUUCGGUUACUCUGGUCAAUUAAUCCCCUUUAUUGUUUAAACCCUUGACAUGGGGUUUUCUUUCUCAUACAGUGAGAGCUUCCCAUUGAAUAUGGAGGCAGGUCUAAACUUCUUACAUGAUCUGCAAGGCCCUCAGGAAUUUCAUCUCCACCCUUGUUUCACAUCACUCUCCUGUGUCCGCUACUCUGCAGGCAACCAGGCCUCCUUGCGUUCAUUGAACCGACCGUGCUUUUCCCAUGUCUGUGUUUUCAUCACUUCUGUUCUCUCUGUAUUCUUGCCCCAGCUCUUUAAUGUCACCUUGUCAUCCAGGCCUCACUUUGACUCUCCCCACCUGCUGGCCCAGUUCACUUUCUAUCCCUGCACUAACGCUUCUGCUGCCAGUGCAGUUUCAAAUUCAGCAAUCCCAUAAGACAAGCAGAGGGGGACAGUCAGCCUGUGAGUAAAUAAUAAUCUUGGGUGCCACAAGCAAAAAUUGCAUUUGUUCUUCCACUGUCACCUCUAGGAGGAAAUUAUACAAUAGAUUUGUGGGGACAUCAAAUUUUUCUGGGGCUAAGAUGGAGAAUUUUAUUGCCAAGAAUUCCAAGAGGCUGCUCCCCAUGAGACAAAAGCCAAACUGCACUUUGAUGCCAGUUAUGUGGGUCUAGAAGGUCUCGGCUGAGAGCUGAUAGAGGUGGAACACGAGGAGAAGGUGGAGGGAGAGACAGCAGCAAGGCACUGAAAGGUGAGGGAGGUUGCAGGGGUCAGAGAGAGCAGACCAUUCAGCACCGGAGGGAGUUGAAGAGGACUUAGAAGAUAUUUUGAUGCACGAUGCCUGGUGCACAGUUGUCUCCUUAAAAACAUUCCAUGGGAAACAGAAAACAGAUUAGAUGUUACCAGGGGUGAGGGAGGGGGCAUGGGAGUUACUGUUUGAUGGUUACAGAGUUUCUGUUUGGUGUAAUGAAAAAGUUCUAGAAAUAGACAAUGAUGAUGGUGGCACAACAUGUGAAUGUAAUUGAUGCCACUUAAAAUGUCAAAAUUGUCAAUUGUAUGUUAUGUAUAUUUUACCACAGUUUUUAAAAAUACCAAAAAAGGAGAGACUUUUUUUAAAACUAGCUAACUGUGUGUAGGAUGAACUGGAGUAGGUCAAACUUACCAAGAAGGAGGCUGGCAUAUUAAUCUAGUCAGGAGGUGAUGGGAACUUCAACUAGAGCAGUGAAAGUCAGUCAGGGGAAAAAUUAGAAAUAAAAUGGUCAGGACCAAAAGCAUUUGGUUUGGGACCUGCUGAGUUUGAGGUGUGUGGUGGAUAUUGCCCAGCUCUCUCCAUCAGGACUGAGGUCUUCAUUCCCUCAGCUGGCCUGGAUACAGGUUGAUAACAGCCCACAGCUGCAGCCCUCUCUGGACAUGGCCGUUGGCCAAAUGAAGCUGCAUUGUACAAGGGGUUGUGGAAACUUGGGAAGAAAUGAUUUCUACCAGAAGGAGGGCGUGAUGGGCAGAGAAGGCAAUCUGAGAAACUCCGUUGGAUUUGGCAACGUAGAGGUCCUUGGUGACCUUGGCAGGAGAAGUAUCUCUGCGGAGGGACAAGGUCUGGAUUGCAGUGGGAUGGAGGCCACAAGGGGAGCAAUGAGGAAGAGCUGGACCUGCAUCUGGAAGGAAGGGUAGGAAGUAGGGCACGGAAAGACCUGCGAGGCAGGGAAAAUGGUGUGAGCUAGGAAACCCAGGCUGGGGAAUCACCCAGUUUAACUGGAGGAGGUCAGGGGAAGGCAGGAGGGAUGACUAGAGAGAUGGAUCAUGCCCAUGCAUGGCUGUCCUAACUGGUAGGCUGUGGGGUUUGAGCAGAAUUAACAAGGCUGUUUCCACACUUGUGCCUGAGUUCCAUUGGGUUCAGGAAACUGCCUUCUGGUGGGAACUGGGCAUUCUCUCCCCAGAGUGUGGCCUUGACCAUUCGCACCAGCUGAAUGUUUUGGCUGCAGUCCCUUGGACUCCAUGUUUAUGAAUGCAUACGUAAUACAUUUUCUGAAGUGAAUUCCAUUAAGCCAGUUUAAU